CAGCAGCCAGCAGCAGCAGCAGCAGCAGCAGUACAGUACGCGUACCGACGCUGUCGCGCCGACGGACGCGCGCGCGUGUUAGAUCGCCUCCGACCUCUAAUUGGAUUCCAUCCGAGGCCUUAUAAAAUCGCGAGCUAGAGAAGGAGUAGGAGAAGGAGGAAGAGGCGAUAACGACGCAACAAAGACGUGAGAUCGCGUGUGCGACGACGGGACGACGGCGACAACGACGACGGUCUUUUUUUCUUCUUUCCGCCGUGCGUUCGCGAGAACUCGCGAGAUCGCCGACCUACGACACGCGUCGUUGCGAGAAGCAGCUGUUUCACAAGUGUUAAACCGCGUUAUCCGCGGAAAGCAGGAGACCACGGGGGCGGACGGCGAGAAAGAAAGCGAGGAAAAGGGAGGAGGAACGAGCGGAAUGAUGAAUAAGGAACAGGCUCACGAUGCCAAACAACAAAUUGCCACGAGUCCCGAGGACACGGAGGAUAUGCCCGCGGGACAGCAGGGGCCGCAGGUGCCACGGCGGCGAGGCGGAAUCUCGGCGGAGCCGGUCUCCGAGGAGGACGCCACCAGCUACGUCAAGAAGGUCGUACCUAAGGACUACAAAACCAUGGCUGCCCUGAGCAAGGCCAUCGCCAAGAACGUGCUGUUCGCGCACCUGGACGAGAACGAGCGCUCCGACAUAUUCGACGCGAUGUUCCCCGUGACCUUUCUGCCCGGCGAGGCGAUCAUUCGUCAAGGCGACGAGGGUGACAACUUCUACGUGAUCGAUCAAGGGGAGGUCGAAAUAUUCGUCAACGGCGAACUGGCAACGACGAUCGGCGAAGGUGGGAGCUUCGGCGAGCUAGCGUUAAUCUACGGGACUCCGCGCGCCGCCACUGUCAGAGCGAAAACUGACGUUAAGCUCUGGGGCAUCGACAGGGAUUCCUACCGCAGAAUUCUCAUGGGGUCCACUAUAAGGAAAAGGAAAAUGUACGAGGAGUUCUUAUCCAGGGUUUCAAUAUUGGAAUCCUUGGAUAAAUGGGAAAGACUCACAGUGGCAGACGCUCUGGAACCGGUGGCGUUCGACGACGGUGAAACGAUAGUCCGACAGGGCGAACCGGGUGAAGAUUUUUAUAUAAUCGUCGAGGGUACGGCGGUGGUUCUUCAACAGCGUUCGGAAGGAGAUGAACCCGCGGAAGUCGGUCGUUUAGGACCAUCGGAUUAUUUCGGGGAAAUAGCACUACUGCUGGACAGGCCCCGAGCAGCGACCGUAGUGGCCAGGGGUCCGUUGAAAUGUGUAAAACUGGAUCGGGCACGGUUCGAGCGGGUCUUAGGUCCGUGUGCCGACAUUCUGAAACGCAACAUCACCCAGUAUAACAGCUUCGUGUCCCUCUCCGUGUAAACGGACUAUCUCUCCGCAUCCUCCCUCUUCUUUCUCCAGUCCCGUCAUCGCAGUCAGCGCUGCCGAUCAUCCCCCGACUUCAUUUCCACCGAGGGCUACGUUAUUUCGCCGUACCAUAGUUAAAAUCUUUUUUUAUUUGAUUAAUAUUUAUAUAUAAGUGAAUUAAUGUAUUACGUCAACUAUCAAUCAGAUGUGUACGCGCAUACACGACACACACAUACAAAAACACGUACAGAACGUUAUUGUUAGAGAGACGCUGUUAAUAUAUUUACCGUAAGGCUAUUUACGCACUGUGUAGCUCGCGACUCGAUGCCGACGCGCACGUGAAUUCAUCAUUGACGUUGAUCUCCUCCGCGCGAUCUGUUCCUACUCGUGUAAGAUUCUCACGAAAAAUUAUUAAUCCGUUAGCGUCUGACUUUUUUCGAGGGACUGAAAAUCUAGUUUAAAAAAAGAUAUUCACGUUUGAAAAAAAGGACCGCGAAGCGAGACAUCAAACGUGAAUUAAAGAACAGAUUCAAAUUCGUGAGACUAUGUCCCUUCUCGCUGGGGACGCUAAUGGGUUAAUCCGGUUAAUAGUACGCUGCGUACAUCUCGAGUGCAUUGUAGACAUUUUCGAUCGAAACUGAUACAUGUAUCCCAACGUGGUUUUUAUAAUCGCAUCCCGACAUCGGAUCCAUGUCGAGGACGCAGACGCUAUUGAGUUCGUGUUAUUACGCAAAUCCGUGAUCGAACCACGUUAAAUUAUUCGAAAGCUAUUUUAAGGCUGUUACGUCGGAAGCGAAAAAAAUUUUAUAAAUUUCCUCUUGUUCGAUGGAAUAGAUUUGAUAAAAUACACCGAAGUCUAUGAUUCUGCAUCCAUAACGAGAAGUAAUUCAAUUUAUACUGUUUUGAACCUCGAGUGGCUCUCACGAAUAUUAAACUUUGUAAACUUUUAUUUUUAAUUCUUAUUACUAAUUCUUAUUCUUAUUACUAAGAAUCGAAAUCCUUAGUAAAUUUCACAAAUUUAUUCUUUCGAAUAGGUAGUAGUAUAUAAAAAAACUGCUUUCAUUGUAAAUCCAUUGUAAGUAUUGUGUAAAGCGCACGUAAAUUUUCGCAUCUGAUGUGAUUCGAGAACAAUUGCAGUGACGAGCCGUAAAUAUUAUUCAGCAGCGAAAAAAUCGGCGUUGAAAGUGAGAAGUUUUCUCGUUUACUGUUAUAUAUUUUAAAUGUUCUAUGUUGCCUCUUGUAAAUUGUUGAAUUAUUUAACAUUUAAAUUAUUUUAUCUACCGAUUGUAUGUGUGCGAAUCGGUAUAUAUAUAUAUAUAUGAGCAAUGACAAACGUAAACGUCGGUCGCAAUUUGCAUUGCACUCGCGGACGUCGCAAAGCGUCGUCGACCGUAAUAUUUAUUAAUAAGUGAAGCAUCGUCGAGGCAAAAAACGAGUCGCAAUCUGUCUCCUCUAAAAAGUGCGCUAGGUUUAUAGUACGAUAAGUGAGACAAAAAAUGAGGUACAACGUCAGAAAAUUAAAUAAUUUAUUAUGCA